CGUAUGAACACAUGGGCAGUCCACCGGCAGCAGCGCAGCCGUACGCAAGCGUGCCGCCUCACGCGCCGUUUUUACGACAAAAAAUACUGUGAUAAAAAAACGGGUCGUACCUACCUUAUUAAUAGUCCUGCCAAAAUACGAGUUCUUAAAUUACACGCGGCAUUUAAACAUAUUUGUGUUUUUUACCACUGUAGGAGUGUUUUUCAGUCAUAGAACAAACCUAUUUUGCCACCUAUUAUUAAAAUAAACAUUGUCUCUCGUCUUUAUCGGUAACUAUAAUUAAUCAAGUGCUUAUUAAUUUAUUGAACAACACUGUGUCUUAUUUUUAUUUGGAUGAUGUGAGAAAACCCUAUCCUGAUCGACUCAUUAUCAUAACAAUAACAGAAGUGUGCCUAAGACUCAAGUAUGGAUUCAAAAAUAACAUUGAAGGAAAAAAAUCCUCACGACAAAGCCAACGUGAUCUCAAAGCUCUUCUUACUAUGGAGCUUCAAGUUAUUCCACCACGGCUACAAGCACGGGUUCACUAUAAACGACCUCUCCAAGGCCCGCGACGUGGACCACUCGGAGGUGCUGGGCGACCGGCUGGAGGCGGCGUGGCAGCGCGAGGUGGACACUGCCAAGCGGGAGGGAGGCAAGCCCUCGCUGUCCAAGGCCAUUGUACGCACCUUCUGGGUGGAGUACAUGAUGCUCGGCGUUCUCGUUGCCAUGCUCUUCAUAUUUAUACGGCCCUUACUGCCGUUCUCAUUAGGACUAUUCAUAGCUUACUUCUCUGGGGAGAAGAACGAAGAGACGUACAAGUGGGCACACAUUUACAAUUUCAUUGUAAACGCGUCGAGCAUAGUCACCUCUAUGAUGAUGCAUCACUUGUACCUGAGCCAGGGUUGUGUGGGCAUGCGCAUACGGGUGGCUUGCUGCUCCUUAGUCUAUAGAAAGGUAUUAAAGCUGGACAGCGUGGGGUUGAGCAAGACGGAGCCGGGGCAGGUGAUCAACCUGAUGUCGAACGACGUGAACCGCUUCGACCAGAUCGUGCUGUUCCUGCACUACCUGUGGGUGAUGCCGGUGGUGGUGCCCGUGGUCUGCUACCUGCUCUGGCAGAAGAUCCAGUGGGCCACGCUCGCCGCGCUCGGGGUUAUAUGCUUCCAGACUGUAUUUGUUCAAGCAUACCUCAGUAACAGACAAGGGGCGUACCGUGGAAAGAUCGCGCGACGAACAGACGAGCGAGUGAAGGUGAUGAGCCAACUGGUGAACGGAGUGCAGGUCAUCAAGAUGUACGCCUGGGAGAGACCCUUCGCCACACUCGUCGAGAAACUGCGCAGACAAGAGGUGCGCUUUAUUCUACGCACAUCGAUGAUAAAAGGAUUCUCUCUAGCUCUCUCAAUCCUGACGGAGCGGUUCAUGUUGUUCUUUGCCAUCCUCAUAUUCGUGCUGAUGGGCGGGCAGAUCCGCUCCGAGAUCACCUACUCCCUGGUGCAGUACUUCCAGCUGCUGCAGCUGGCCUGUAAUAUAUUCUUCCCGCUUGCACUCGCUCUGCUGGCUGAGACCAAAGUCACCAUCAGACGACUUGAGGAAUUCCUAAUGCUAGAAGAGCUGCCGACUAAGCUAGCAAUAACAGCAAACGGAAAAGAAACUAACGGCCUAACUGCAGUCAACGGUGAAAAAGAAAAGUUAAAGAUGGAGAAGAUUAAAUCCAAUUACACCGGCCUAGUACUGAACGGUGUGAGUGCUAGUUGGGAGCCGAACCCUAUAGUGGACACUCUGAUCAACCUGAAGUUCAGCGCCAAGCCAGGCCAGUUCGUUGGCGUGGCUGGACACGUUGGAGCUGGGAAGUCGUCGCUGCUGCAAGUGAUCCUGGGCGAGCUGCCGGUGUCGCGCGGCACGCUGUCGCUGGGCGGCGCGCGCGUGGCGUACGCGAGCCAGGAGCCCUGGCUCUUCGUGGCCACCGUGCGGCAGAACAUCCUCUUCGGACUGCCCUACGACCGAGUGCGCUACAAGAAGGUGGUUGCCGCGUGUGCUCUGACGCGGGACCUGGAGCUGUGGCCGGCGGGAGACGCCACGCUGGUGGGCGAGCGCGGGGUCAGCCUCAGCGGCGGGCAGCGCGCGCGCAUCGGACUCGCAAGGGCCUGCUAUAGAGAGGCGGAUAUCUACCUCCUAGACGACCCGCUGUCAGCGGUGGACACUCACGUGGGCAAGCACAUGGUGACGGAGUGCAUCCAGGGGCUGCUGCGGAACAGCACCGUCAUCCUCGUCACGCACCAGCUGCACCAUCUCCGCGCCGCCGACAACAUCGUCGUCUUGAGGAAUGGAGAGAUCGAGACGCAGGGUUCCUUCGAGCAGGUGUCGUCGUCGCCGCUGUUCGCCGAGUUCCUGGUGGAAGAGGACACGACCGAGGAACCGCUGACCCCGGUCACCGGCCGCGUGAGGCGGCGCACCAUCUCUGUGCAGUCUCAUGCCAGCGCGAGCACUAUAGCCGACACAAAAGCCAAUGAGGACAAUGACCAACAGGAAACCGACGAACUUAUUGAACAAAACAACGUGUCCAGCUCGGUGUACAUGGCGUACUUGAAGGCGGGCGGCGGCUGGGGCACGCUGCUGCUGACGCUGGUGCUGGCCGUCGCCAUGCAGCUCGUCACCUCCGCCAGCGACCUGUGGCUCACUUACUGGAUGAACAGUGUCGAAUCAAAUGUACACCUACACGAACCAAAACUGCUGAGCGAAGAUCCUUUUGUGAAUAAUACAACCCUCGAAACUACAACUGAUCUAGCAGAGACAACUUUAUCCAUAGAUGCUAACUCUAGUUUCGCUGAACCGAAUAUGACUGUGAUUGGGACCAUGGUGAAAACGGCCUUAGUGAUGACGAAUAUGACGAAAACGGGAGACGAUGAUUAUGUUGACACCACUUUCUACAUUUACAUUUGGGGUGCGCUUAUUUUAGCCAGCAUCGUGCUAACUUCUGGAAGAGCGAUCCACUUCCUGUGGGUGUGCACGCGCAGCUCCAUCUCGCUGCACAACGACAUGUUCCGCAACAUCCUGCACGCCACCAUGCGCUUCUUCGACACCAACCCCUCGGGACGGAUCCUGAAUAGGUUCUCCAAGGACAUGGGGAUUAUAGACGAGGUUCUGCCCAAGAUGUAUAUGGAGAGUGUUCAGGUGUUCAUGAUGAUGAUGGGUAUCCUGGUGAUGGUGGCGAUGGUGAACCCCUACAUGCUGCUGACGACGGCGGCGUGCGGCGCGCUCAUGUACCUGUGGAGCAUCCUGUAUCUCAACACCGUGCAGGGGAUCAAAAGGGUGGAGGGUGUGACCCGCAGCCCAGUGUUCUCGCACGUGUCGGCCAGCAUGGCGGGGCUGGGCACGGUGCGCGCGUGCGGCGCCGAGGCCAUGCUGCGCCGUCAGUUCGACGAGAAGCAAGACGUGCACACUGCCGCAUGGUAUCUUUCUCUGGUGACGAAUGCCGCCUUCAUUAUCUGGUUGUGUCUGAUAUCUGGCGCUUACGUGCUUGUUGUGGCUUACACGUUCCUCUUCCUAGAUGACGCAUCAACCAAGUCCGGCAACGUGGGGUUAGCUGUCAGUCAAGCCUUAAUAUUAGUGACGUCAGUGCAAUACGGCAUCAAACAAGUGACUGAAGUGAUAUCUCAGAUGACAAGUGUGGAGAGAAUAGUGCAGUUCACUAAACUGCCGCAAGAGCAGAUCGAGGGUCCGCCGGCGCCGCCCGCCUGGCCCAAGAAGGCUAAGCUCAUAUUCAAGGACCUAUACCUGAGAUACGAUGAGGAGUUCGAUCCGGUGUUGAAGAACUUGAAUAUUGUUAUUGAGAGUGGAUGGAAGGUGGGUGUUGUUGGUCGCACGGGCGCUGGCAAAUCGUCGCUGAUCUCGGCUCUGUUCCGUCUGGCGCCGCUGGAGGGACAGGUGCUCAUUGACGACGUCGACACGGGCAAAAUUGCACUCAAGGACCUUCGCUCUAAGAUCUCGAUCAUUCCGCAAGAGCCGGUGCUAUUUUCCGCCAGCCUCCGCUACAACUUGGAUCCAUUUGAGAAAUACACCGACGCUGAUAUUUGGAAAGCACUUGAGCAGGUGGAGCUCAAGAACCUGGUCUCCUCGCUGUCGGCGCCGGUGCAGUCCGGUGGCACUAACUUCAGCUGCGGGCAGCGGCAGUUGCUCUGCCUGGCGCGCGCCGCGCUCGCACGGAACAAGCUGCUGGUACUGGAUGAAGCUACCGCCAAUGUCGACCCUAACACUGACGCGUUGAUCCAGAAGACGAUACGGACCUGCUUCGCGGACUGCACCGUCCUCACCGUCGCUCACCGGCUGCACACCGUCGCUGAUGCCGACAGAGUUAUCGUGAUGGACGCGGGUCAGAUCAUCGAGAGCGGGCACCCGCACGAGCUGCUGCAGAACGCGGAGGGCUCGUUCAGCGACAUGGUGAAGCAGCUGAGCGCCGCGGCCGAGCAGAGCCUGCGCGAGGUGGCCGCGCGCGCGCACACGCAACACAUCCGCUACGCCGACGAACAAAACUAGUACUUACGUGUAACUAUUGUAAAUAUUAUAUGCAUGUGUAGUGAGUAACAGGGUGUUGAGAGUAUGGUAGAUACUUAUACAGGGUGUUGCAAAAACCCUUUUUGCAAUACCCCGUAUAUUUGAUUUAGUGACUUAUUGGUAGAUUCUGAAGGUACCGAAUUGAAAUUUUAACACUUUUUUAUACCUUGAUGAGGUAUUAAGAUUAUACAGCGGCGAUAAAAUUGCCUAUAGAUACUAUGAGUAUUUAUGUAAAUGUAACUUGUACAGUUAAUACUUUUUAAAAUUGUUUAUUAAUCAUUCGAAGCCUUCUACUGGUGAAAAACGAAAGGGGCUUUUUAAUUUAUAGAUGACUUGCACCGAAGGAAUUAGUCAGCCCCAAUCUGUAUAAUUUUAUAGUCUGAUUGAUUGUGAAUUUAAUGAAUGAUCAACAACCAGACUAAGACUAAUAGAUAUGGGGCCAAUAUUUCUACAUUGUAUUAUUUGUAUUAUAUGUUAUAAAACACUUAACACAUGAGUGUUUGCUUUACAAAUUAUAGUUUUCCACUAUUCGAUGGUCAACGAAUGAAAUGCUGUCAAUUUACGUCAGCACCGCCCUAGUUGGCCGUGUGUCCCUGAACCAGUAAUUGACUAAUGAUAAUUGAAUAGAUAAAAGUAAGGUACUUUCCCAGGUAAAAUCCCUUUAUUGCAUUUGUUAUUUAUAAAUCUCUUUUAGCAAUUAGGUAAAUAUUAAGAUUCAUGCCUCUAGUGCCCAGUAUGAUAAAGUACUUACCUCUCUGAAAUAUAUAUUUUAUGGGUAGAUAUGAACGAUAUAUUUAUUUGAUUGGUUUUAUAACUUUAUCAGAGUAUUUUUUUGUAAAACUGUUAUUUAUGUAAGCAUUAGGAAUAUUGCCAAUAUAAGUCCUUCUAUAACUAAAUAAUUAAGCACAAAGUAUACGAAUAAAGUUAAAAUAUUUUUAUAAUGCA